CCCCACGGCAGCUUUGACAGACGGCGGGACCGGGUCAUCAGGCCUAUCGGGUUCCGGAGGCUGCAAGAGCUGGGCGAGAAGGACCCGAAAGAGGUCGUCCUGACCUUGGUGGAGCGGACCAGUGGGUGUAAGGAACUGCUAGAUGAGACCUCCAUUCGAAAGGACCUGGUGGCUGUACUACUCCGCGUUCUCGCAAGGGCGUGCGACUGUUCUACAUCUCCUGUAAACACCAUGAAGCUGAUGGUGAUGGUCCGUAACUCCAACUUCCUGACCGGCGCCCUCCCGUUGUACUUCACGACAAUGCUGACAGAGAGCUCUUACCACGCACAGCAGGAGUUUGGAGAACCGAUCAAAUGUGCUCUCAGGUUGUUCCGUGAGCUGCUGGACAGGUCUGCUAGUUCUCACAUACAGGUAGGGAUCCCGUUGGCAGUGUUAGGUACAACUAUCAACACUCUACGGGCCGUAAGCACCGUUGUGGACGAAGACAUAGAGACAAGGUUGGUGGAGGUUGAGUCGCGCAAAGACGCCAUCAUCGACGCCAUCCAACGCAAAGGAGCAGUCUUGAAAGACGACGACGGAACUCUAGCCACGCGCCUGGACCGACAACUUCAGCUCGAGCAGCCUCCGGACGAUUUCCGGGAACUGACGGUCAUCCCAACAUUCGAAGAUAUCCACACGGACAAGGAACCAUUUCUCCGCCCCAAUAUUGUCCGUGGCCGCUACCCAGACGUGGACACGUAUCUGGACGUCCAGUUCAGGCUGCUGCGAGAAGACUUCGUACGGCCACUACGAGAAGGCAUCGCCGAGUUCCUGGACAUGCGCAAACGUGGAUUUGGAAAAGACCGGAGGCUCCAAGACAUCCGUGUCUACCAUGACGUACACGUUGUCCACCCCAUCUGCACGGUGAGUGGGAUCGUCUACAGGAUACAGUUCGACGCUGCAAGGCUCCGGGGGGUUCGCUGGCGGUCAACAAAGCGACUCAUCUUCGGCUCCCUCCUCUGCCUCUCCAAGGACGAGUUCAAGACCAUGUUCUUCGCCACUGUCGCCAACCGCGAUCCGAAACAACUCGAACAAGGGUGCGUAGAAGUUCGCUUCGAGCAGAACCUCGAAGACGCGUCGGCCAUCAGCCCCACAGACACCUUCAUCAUGGUGGAGACUUCCGCCUACUUCGAAGCCUACCGACACGUCCUGAAAGGUCUGCAGGAGGUCCGUCAGGACUCAAUGCCGUUCAUCAAGUACAUCGUGGACUGCGACUGUGCCAACGGCGUGGAUCCACCGGCGUACCUGCGAGGGAGGUACGGGCUCGGAGAAGUCAACUAUGACCUCAGAGAUCUAGUUGAGACUCCCAAGCAGGAGAGGGUGAGACGUCGUGCGAGGCCAAGAGACCCGUACGGAGACCUUUUGGGGUCUGAUCCUGAAGAAUCAGAUGGCUCCGACGAGGAGGAGCUUGUUAACGUAUACGGCAGCAACAAUCCACACCUUGCUCGUGCCCGGUCGGUUCCCAUUCUCCGAGAAUACAUGUGGCCUUCUGCUGAUGCUCUACACCUGGACGAGUCCCAGUACCUCGCCGUAAAGAUGGCGUUGACCAAAGAAUUCUCUGUCAUCCAGGGUCCACCGGGAACUGGCAAAACUUACAUCGGGCUGAAGAUCGUACAAGCUCUGCUGAAGAACAAGGGCGUGUGGCUGAGGGACCAGGAUCUGCUGAACAGCCCAACCAGGCCAAUCCUUGUGGUGUGUUACACGAAUCAUGCCCUUGAUCAGUUCCUCGAAGGUAUCUCUGAGUUCCACUCCACAGGCAUAGUGAGAGUGGGAGGGCGAAGCCGCAGUGAGAAGAUGGAGCAGUUCAAUCUGAAGACCAUAAGGUUUAGUAAGAGGAAGGACAGGAAGGUCCCGCGGUAUAUCCACGAAGGCGCCGCGGAGGCAAGGAACGACAUGCAGCGCUUUCAACAGCAGAUGGAGAUGGCUGUGGCACAGAUGAUGGCGACGCAAAGAGGACUCAUCCACGAGGAUGCCCUAAUGCCGUUCAUGGACGACAAUCACAGAGAAACCUUGGUGAACAUGUGGCUGGUGGCCAACGACGGUGGGUGGUCGGGCGGUGGACGGAAGGGCUCUGUAAUGGUCCAGUGGCUUGUCCCGGCAGGACCCGUCUUCAUACUGCCGACAGAAGACGGACAGAACCAACCUGAAGAGGGGGAUGAAGAGGAAGACGCAGCAGCACAGGGAGAAGAAGAGAUCGACGUCAUGGAAGAAGCCGACUUGUUGGAGGAACAGCGUUUGCUGGACGACGACGAGCAGCUGUACGGACAUGAAAAGAGAGGGAGGGCCAAGGGGAAAGCGGCCAGUGUGGACCUCGCGCUUGAUGUGGAGGCGUUACAGCUGGAGGAGCACCAGGCAGGAAACCAGGGCGAGUGGCAGGUCCAGACCAAUGCAAAGAAGAGGAAACAGAAGAUAAAGCACGAGCUCAGCAAGACGGACAUGAUGACCGAAACUCAAGUUCGCCGUGUCCAAAAUGUCUGGACGCUGCAGCUGCGGGACCGAUGGCGCCUCUAUCGGUACUGGGUUGCCAGGUACUGUGCUAAAUACAAGGAGUCUAUCAGAGAAUAUGAACAAGACUACGAACGUGCGGCUAAGCGCCUACUGGAGUUCCAGAGCCAAGAAGACGGCGAGAUUAUGAAGGAAGCAACCGUCAUUGGCAUGACCACCACUGGUGCUGCCAAGUACCGCUCAAUCCUGCAGGACAUCAGGCCUGCUAUCAUCGUAGUGGAGGAGGCAGCCGAAGUUCUGGAGGCCCACAUCGUCACAACUCUCUCUCAGCAGUGCCGACAUCUCAUCCUCAUCGGGGAUCACCAACAGCUCCGUCCCAACCCAACCGUCUUCCAACUGGCCAAAAAAUACAACAUGGACAUCUCCCUGUUUGAGCGUAUGGUAAAGAACGACAUGCAGUGUGUGCGGCUGCAGUCACAGCAUCGCAUGCGGCCAGAGUUCGCCCGGCUCCUGACGCCGCACAUCUACGACUCACUGGACAACCACGAAUCGGUGCUCAACUUCGAGAACAUCAAGGGCGUCUCUUCCAACAUGUUCUUCGUGGAUCACAGCUACUGGGAAGCGCAUGACGGCGACACGAAGAGCCGGUCCAACAUGCAUGAGGCGAAGUUCAUGGCCAGCUUCUGCCGCUACCUACUUCAGCAAGGGUACAGCCCGUCCCAGAUCACCAUCCUCACCACGUACACGGGACAACUCUUCAACUUCAAGAAGGUCAUGCCGAGGCAGGUCUUUGAUGGUGUGCGCGUCUGCGCCGUGGACAACUUCCAGGGAGAAGAGAACGACAUCAUCCUGCUGUCACUGGUGAGGAGCAAUGAUGAGGGCAAUGUGGGCUUCCUCAAGGUUGAGAACCGUGUUUGCGUUGCCCUCUCCCGAGCAAAGAAGGGCUUCUACGCCAUAGGCAACCUGACAAUGCUGGCGGAGGCGAGUCCUCUGUGGAGCAAGAUCAUUAAGGAACUGCGAGAGCAGCGUUGUGUGGGGACGCACCUUAACCUGUGCUGCCAAAACCACCCUGACAGCGUCAUCGCUGCAGCCACCGAGAAGGACUUCAACAAGGCACCGGAGGGGGGCUGCAUGCGGCCCUGUGAAUUCAGGCUGAAGUGUGGCCAUGUGUGCACAAGCGUCUGCCACCCUACCGACCCCGAGCAUGAAGAGUACAUGUGCAAGAAGGAAUGCCCCAAAGUCCUGUGUAGCCUGGGACACAAGUGUACCAAGCUCUGUUCUCAGCCCUGCGGCGACUGCAAGGUGCCAGUGGAGAAGAUCAUCCCAAGGUGUCAGCACAAGCAGAAGAUCCCAUGCGCCACGUCACCAAAUCUGUUCAAAUGCCAGGCGCCAUGCGACAAGACCCUUCCCUGUAACCACAGAUGCAAGAACAAGUGUAGCCAAGAGUGCAGCGUGCCCUGUAUGGAGAUGGUAGCACAUCGACUCCCCUGUGGUCACACCAUCCAGGCAGCCUGCUCGGCAAAAGAAGAGGACCUGGUCUGUAACACUCCAUGUCAACAGCUACUGAAGUGUGAGCACCAGUGCGCCGGUACGUGCGGUCGCUGCAAGCAAGGGAGGUUGCACCAACAGUGUAUGCGGCCAUGUAACCGUGUGCUCGUCUGCUCCCACCAGUGCACGGCCCCGUGUACACGCAACUGCCCUCCGUGCACCAAACGUUGUGAGAACCGCUGCAUCCACAGCCGCUGCCCACACGAGUGCGGGAAGCCCUGCGUCCCGUGCCAGGAGCCAUGCGAGUGGAGAUGCAGGCAUCACAAGUGUGACAAGCCUUGUGGUGAGCCUUGCGAUCGUCCUAGGUGUGACCGCCCUUGCAGGAAGACCCGACGCUGUGACAAAUGCAAGACAGACCAGCCAUGCAUCGGUAUGUGUGGGGAGCCUUGCCCAGACAAGUGCCGCGUGUGUGACCAUGACGAGGUGACAGAGAUCUUCUUCGGAACUGAAGACGAAGACGACGCCCAGUUCGUGCAGCUGGAAGACUGUGGCCACGUUCUAGAAGUCAGCGGCCUGGAUCAGUGGAUGGACGACACCUCUGACAGAAACAUCCAACUCAAAACCUGCCCGAAGUGCAAGACGCCAAUACGCCGCAACCUGCGCUACGGGAACAUCAUCAAGAAGACGCUGGGAAUGAUCGAGAAGGUGAAGGAGAAAUGGUACGGCGAAGACGACCAGAAGGCACAAACAGCAGCCAAUGCCAACAGGCUGAUGACAGAGCUCCAAUUCGAUGCUGACCUGGUCACUCGCUGCGCAGAGGCGUCAGAAGAUCUCCUUCGGCAAAUGAAAAACCACCGAAUAUUUUCACUGGGCCAGAUAGCCAUGUAUGAAAACAAAGUCCUUUUCCUCAAGGGGCUUGCCAAACUAAAGAAGGAGAGGAGACGAGAUCUUCUCCUCCUUGGAAACGCGCGCCACAUUCUACAAAUGGAUAAGGAAAUCGCAGAGAUGGAAAAGUGGCUGCAUCGUCGGACGGCACGUGUGGGUGAGCAGGAGUGGGAGGAGUUUGGGAGAGAGAUGAUUCGGCUGAACUUCCUCCUGAAGCUCCGAGUCCUGCAGGGUCAGAUCCGGAAGAAGGGAAUCAGCCUAGACGACCUGGCCCAGGCGAACCUCCUGAGCGCAAAACGCAGGCUGACCGGGUUCAAACCCUUCACCGAGGACAGAGAGGAACUGGUCAAGCAAGCCCUGGAAAAAGUUAAGAAGCUGACUACCAGGCUGUCGGGAGGUGCCGACAUUGGGAUCUCAGACGAGGAACGUGUCCAGGUGGUCCAGGCCAUGGGGUUGUCACGCGGACACUGGUUCCAAUGUCCCAACGGACAUGUAUACGCCAUCGGAGACUGUGGAGGAGCUACAGUGGAAAGCACGUGCCCGGAGUGCCAUUCUAGGAUCGGAGGGGGCGGACACAGGCUUCGGUCGGACAACCGCCUGGCUCCGGAGAUGGACGGAGCGCAGUACGCUGCAUGGUCCGAGCAGGCCAACUUGGACAACUACCAGGAAUUCCGCUUUUAGGUGACAAAGAAAUGAUGAGUUGAUUUGAAUUUCAUAAUUGUUCGUCAUUUACCACUUAGUCAUGUGGAAAAGAGAAAUGUAAGUCAGUAGCUAGAGAUGCAAACAUUUGGUCUUUUACAUUUGAGUGACGAUCUAUUUACCUUAUCUUUUUAUGGAUAUCACUUCUUGGAAAUAUGAGAUCCACUGUUUGUUGAAAAAAUCAUUCUGCUUUGGAGAAUAUUG